AUGAAGACCUUGAAAUACUCGUUUUUCAAAUCACGAGCAAUGGUCAAAUGGGAAGUUCAGACACAAUACGCAGGAAUAACGAAUACUAUGAAGAUAAACAUCUUGAGUGCAAUACGUACUUUAAUUGAAACGCAUGGAUCGUCGAAGAUGUCUGAGAUUGGUUGUAGUGUCAAAAAUUGGCUCCAAGAAACAUAUGGAGGAAUAUGGAUCGUCAUAAUUGGUAAAAAGUACCAGUUUUCGGCAGCUGCAGUUCAUUACGAUCAAAUGUUCUUGCGCGUAUACGAAAAUGAUCUAGACUGGCAAAUUGAUCUAUUCAAAAGUCAACCGAACGCAUCAGGUAAAACUAUUUGCACAAUGACUGCUAUACAUGAAACGGUUAAAUUAAGGCUAAGAAAUCAAUCAGUUCACACGACGACAUGCAAACUUAUAACCAGAUACAAUAAAAUGCAUUACAAUUCAGCAACAUUGACUAUUUUUUUAGAAGAUCAUUUAUUAAAUAAAAUCACAUUCUUUUAA